AUGAGCGAGGUUCUACGGAGUUCAGCGGAUAUACCUAGUUAUGAGUCCUCAUUCACGUAUCCGACAUCAGAGGACCCCCUUACAGUCUCCUCUGCGGUGACUUCUAUUGCUGAUGGCUCCAAUGAGACCGCCAAAGACUCCAACUUACCUCAGCAAGGCAGUGCGCCAGCUCCUCAUCAAGUGCAGCCAUUACCUACAUCUGAUAUGCAUAUUACCUCACAAUCACCCAAUUCUCGAUUUGCCGUCACGCAAAGUCCCACCCAAAUACAUAGCGAAAGAAGGGCCCUGAAGCCCAGAAAGCCUCACAAAUUUCUUCCAAAUGUCUCUGACUUUGCGAGAGGCGACUCGACGUACACCGAAGCACUCCUCCUGCUGGGAAGAUAUAACAUGUCCUUUAUCGUUAGCAUUGCCAGUCAGGCGAUGCCACAGAACGUGUUUGAAUACGCAGAGCUUAUAAAACAGAUAUGUUUUCUUUUGUAUGAGGACCAGCUUGACCUGACCCAGAAAGUUGAUCUUGAGGACAAAUUUGAGGAGUUGAGCAAGAACAUAACUCUUUACGCUUCCACUACAGACCCUACUUCUUCUCAGCUAUAUAUUGUUGUGGAGCAAUGCUUUGACGCUCUUCUUAAGUGUUCGAUGAUGGCUUCAAAGACAGAUUUUUCUACCAAAGCGAUAAGCUUCCUCACUUGUCUCAUGAUCAAUCUCAACUACUGGGAAGUUUACAAUUUGCUCAAUCGAAAUUUGGACAUAUUAAAGUUUUUAAAACUAAUCAACUUUGACUUUCACGAAUGCUACUCAAAAUUCGUUCUUAACUACGCUCCUUUCAAGUAUAGACACAUUCAACACUCAUCAGCUACCGCUGAUAGAUUCUACACUCUUAGAGCAAAUCGCAAAAGCGAGAGAAAACGCCGUAUAUCCGAGAUGUUGGCUCCAGGCGAUGAAGAUCAUGGAGACAAUGAUGAUCACUUUGUUAAUGAACGAGUAAGUGCGGACGGCAAGGUGAGUUCGAAGGAAAAACGCAAGUUGAAGGUAGACGAGAAGUUAGCUGCACAUCGUGUCAUCAAGAAGCCAGACUUGAAACCAGCAAGCGCACGUUCUGCCAAUUAUGAUCCUGACGUCAUUCACGAGUGUCAGUUACCUUCAGCAGAAGAGCCCGGUAAAUUGUGUCUCAGAAGAUUCUCCAGGAAGUACGAAUUGAUAAGACAUCAAGACACAGUUCACCUGAAGAAGAAGAAGCUCUUCAAAUGCUUUGUUUGUGUUAGGCAAGACCCUGUCAUGGGUCCCAGAAUAUUCACCCGUCAUGACACUUUGGCUAAGCACAUACGAGUAAAUCAUCGUAUUUCGGGUAAGGAAGCCAAGGCUGAAGUUGCAUACUCAAAAAAGCACGCAGAGAUUGUCGAUGAGGGCGACAUCACCGUCCAUGUUGGUCGCAGGAAGACCAAGGUGGACUUCGAGCUUCGUGCUCAUAUGAAUAAGGGUGGUGCCCGUGAGGGGCCAGAUGGCAGCUUAGAGUUUGAUGACGAAGAGGGGCUUUCGGGAGAGGAAGGUGAGCCUAUGAUUGAUGUUGUAUAG